UUCUUCUCUUCUCACCCUGCAAACACAACAUCGACUGUUCGUUUUUUUAAUGUCUUUCUCCCUCUAUCUGAUCGGCGAUUAAAAUUUUUCUCGAGAAAUUUACCAGCAAAUAUUCUUGCUAUCCAAACACGUCAACUUGAUAUGUACCUAUGGAGACUGAGACUCUCAUCUCCUCAGCUCUCGAGGAAAUAUGUUGCCGUGGCCCGAAUGGCCUUUCGCUCUCCUCCCUCUGGUCCGUCCUAACUCCAACUUCUGACGUCUUCGUCAAAGGUUCUCUGUGGACAAACCUUCUUUCUGUACCUUCUCUUCAGUUCAUCGUCCGUGGAAACGACAAGCCGUUAAGCGCCACCAACCCCAAAAUACAGCGUUUUGAAGACGCCGAGAAGCUCAACUUAAAGAUUGUGGCUAACGAGCAUCUUAGAGAUAGCUUCUAUGGCUUUUACGACAUUCCUUCGUGCAGCCUUAGUCGUAAGAUUCUUGAACGACUCGCCAUUGUCAGAACAAAGGGGAUGACGCAAGAUCAACUAGCCAAGGAAUUGGGCAUUGAAGGGAGGAACUUCUUUUAUAGACUUAGGAAGCUUGAAUGCCAAGGGCUGAUUGUAAGACAAAAGGCUAAUGUGAAGAAGAACGAAGCUGAUGCUGAAGGGGAGACUAAAAACAUUUUCACUGUACAUACCAAUAUGAUAUAUCUAUCUCGUUAUGCAAAGCAUUUAGAUGUUCAACAAAGACUUGAGGUUACAAUGGAAGAAAGGAAUCUGCGGGUUCAUGGGAAUGAAGAAGAAACUGAUGUAGGUGAAGAUGGAUCCGAGAGAGAGCCUCAUGCAGAAGAUGUGCAAGUAAAAGAUUUUUUACCCGCAAUGAAAGCUAUUUGUGAUAAACUUGAAGAAGCCAAUGAGAAGGCCCUUUUUGUCUCAGAUGUCAAAAAGGUUCUUGGUUAUACUGGAAGUUCAGCAGGGCAUAGAGCAUGGAGAAAUAUAUGUGGUAGGUUGAAAGAUGCUGGCAUCGUUGAAGAGUUCGGUUCUCUAGUGAAUGGAAAGCCUCGACCUUGCUUACGAUUGUUGAAAACUCUUGGAUGCGGACGCAACUCUGACAGAGAAAAAGACAGAGAAGUGAAGUUUGGAAGGAGGCUUCAACAAACUGAGCAGCUUGUAGAACUUCCUAUUGAUCACCAAAUUUAUAAUAUGAUUAAUGAUACAGGAGAUAAAGGGGCUACAUAUAUUGAGCUGUGUGAAAGGCUUGGACUUGAUAGGAAAAGAAAUGAUUCCCGGUUGAAGAACUUGAUCAAUAGGUUUGGGAUGCCUCAAGAGAAAAAAAUCAUUAAGAAAACUGUAGCAUUCCGAGUUUGGACAUUGGAGAAUUAUCCAGAGAAUAAAUCCAAAAUUGUCCCAGGUGGAAACACUUCCACUUUGAAUGUGGGCAAUCGUGAUGUUAGGGACAGAUCCACUGAAGCCUUUAUACAGUACAAUCAUUCUACUUCUGAAGCUACCUCUGGAAAACUAAAUAAUAGGCAAAUUGAUGCUGAGCUAUGUCAUGACUUCCCUGAGGAUGGUCAAACUAACCAUGAGCUCUGCUCUCCUGACAAGUUGACAGAGUCUCAUCAUGAGACAAUGGAUAGCUCUUCAAAUGCAAAACUUGGUUUAGUGAGUACAGAAAUGAAAACGAAUGCUGUUUCAUCAGAAACUACUUUGUUGAAGCUACCUGAUUCCAGGUCAUCUGAUAGUGCCUUGAGGGAGCAGAGGAUACUUGAACGAUUACAGGAUGAGAAAUUCCUUUUGAAAAAAGAGCUUCACAGGUGGCUUGUGAGUUUUGAGAAGGAGAAGCAGUCGAUAAUGGACAGGAAGUCUGUUGUUCGAAUAUUGAACAAGCUUCAGCAAGAAGGGCGGUGCAAAUGUGUGCAGAUACAUCUUCCUGCUGUCACAAACUGUACUAAGCUGCAUCCUGAGAUGGUUGUUCUGCACCCCUCUAUUCAAAGUUUUCCUCCUGAACUAAUGAAUGAAAUCUAUGAAAGAUUGAGGUCCUUUGAAAAACAAAUUCGUAAUCAAGCACAACCUAAGUUGAGGAUUAAUGAAUCAAUUCCUGUAUUAAAUAGCUUUACGAAAACCCAGAUUCAUAGGGAGUCAAAUGAACAAGUUGCUAAAGCAGAAGCCAUGCGGGCCAAUGGUUUUGUGUUGGCAAAAAUGGUUCGUGCAAAACUGCUGCAUAAUUUUUUAUGGCGUUACCUGAGUAGUUUUCCUGGAUGGGAUGAUGUCUUAUCAGCUGGUCCAUGUGGGCGUACCUACAAAUUUUUUGCGCUUGAAGAAGCAAUGAAGGUUCUUCCAAUUGAGCUGUUCUUACAGGUAGUAGGUAGUACUAAAGAAUUGGAUGAUAUGACUGAGAAGUGCAAGAGGGGUUUGCAUCUCUCUGAUCUUCCUGUUGAGGAAUACAAGUGGCUGAUGGAUACUCAGGCAAAGGGGAGACUGUCAUUCAUAAUUGACAUUUUACAACGACUGAAGCUGAUUCGAUUGGUACGCGAUGGGCAUCCAGAGGGUGGAGUCAAAAUCUCUCAUGAGACUUUUAUGCAUGCAAUGGAACUUAGACCUUACAUAGAAGAGCCAGUAUCAGUGAUCGCAACAUCUAAUAUAAGAUCUCUUGAUCUUCGUCCAAGAAUCAGACAUGAUUUUAUCUUGUCAAAUAGAGAAGCUGUUGAUGAAUAUUGGAAAACAUUGGAGUAUUGCUAUGCUGCCACUGAUCGAAGAGCUGCCAUACAUGCAUUCCCUGGAUCCACAGUUCCUGAGGUUUGCCAACCCCGCUUCUGGACCUGUACCCGGAAGAUGUCUGCUCAUCAGCGUGAGGAGCUUCUAAAACGUAUAACGAAGAGUGGUUUUAAUAAAAAAAUUUCAUUGGAAGAGAGUGUGAAUAUUGCAGGGGAUCUUAAUCUGUCCAUACAGCAGGUUCUUCUGGCUUAUAAUGGUAAGCUCCAGAGGCAUCUCAAUAUAUUUCAGGGUGCUCUGGAUGCCAAUGAGGAUCCUCAAGCAUCAAAAGAGAAACUCUCUUCUAAGAAAAGAAAGAGAUCUCUAGGAUCAAGUAAAGUAAAGCGUGUAAGAGUUAAUGCUGUAAAUGAACAGCUAGAUAAGCAGAGGCUUGUGAGAUUACCUGAUUCUGUUGACCAAUUCAUAGAGGAAAAAGAACUUCCCCCUUUAGGACAAGAUGAUGAUCAUGUGCAAGCAUGUUGUGAGGAUGAUUGUCCACAAUCUGUGGAAGAGCCAGGAUUAAAUCGAGACAAGAAGCAUGAUUCUGUAAGCAGCCGGCACGCAUUGUCAAAUUCCCAAUCAAUGUGUCAAAGAAGGUUUUCAUGGACGGAUGCAUACGAUAGGCAAUUGUUGAUUCAGUAUGUUAGACAUCGUGCAGUUCUUGGGGCUAAUAUUCACCGAGUAGAUUGGAAUAAACUAUCUGACUUACCAGCUUCUCCAAGUAGAUGCCGGAGAAGAAUCUCAUCCUUAAAAAGAAAUAAACAAUUUAGAAAAGCUCUCAUGAAGCUCUGUACGGUGCUUGGUAAACGUUAUGCACAGCACCUGGAGAAAACUCAGGGGAUAUUUGUUAACAAGAAUGACUCUGGAGUUCUUGUGCGAUGCUCAACAAGUGAAAGUGUUAAUAAGUUCCCAAAUGGUGUUGAAAAUGCUGAGGAAAUAGGUUUUGAGGAAAAGCAUUGGGACGAUUUCAGUGACAAAAGUAUUAAAAAAGCUUUGGAAGGUGUUCUGUUGUGCAAGCGAAUGAACUCUGUCGAAUCUGAGGUGGUUUCAUCCAGUACUCUUGACGAAAAUAUCCAUAAAGAUGGGCAGCGAAUUCGUAAAAGUUCUGCACAAAGAUCAAGAAGUCGCCGCCUUCAUCAGAAAUUUAUCAAAUAUUGGAAUGAAGGAACUUUCUUUAGCACACAAGUGCAUACAUCUUUGGCAGUUUCUAAUGCAGUAGAGCUUUUAAAGCUUGUCUUUCUGAGCAGCUCAGCAGCAUCAGAGCUACAAAAUAAUCUAGCUGAAACAUUACGCCGUUAUUCAGAACAGGAUCUUUUUUCAGCUUUUAGCUACCUCAGAGUGAAUAAAAUACUGAUUGGGGGCGAUGGUGAUCAACCUUUUGUUCUUUCACAACAAUUCUUGCAGAGCGUUUCCCGAUCUUCGUUUCCAUCAAAUACUGGAAAGAAAGCUGCUAAAUUUUCUGGUUGGCUCUUUGAAAGAGAAAAAGAUCUGAUGGAAGGGGGAAUUAGUCUUGCUGCAGAUUUGCAUUGUGGGGAUGUUUUUCAGUUGUUUGCUCUAGUUUCUUCUGGUGAAUUGUCCAUUUCUCCAUAUUUGCCAGAUGAAGGUGUGGGAGAAGCUGAAGAUUUGAGAAGCUUAAAACGCAAGGCUGAGGAUGAUGAACUUUGCGACAGUGAUAAGUCUAAGAAAAUGAAAUCUUUGGCAGAUAGUGAACUCGUUUCUCGCAAAGAAAAGGGUUUUCCUGGUAUAAUGGUGCAUUUGCAUCGUGCAAAACUGAUGACAGUUAAUGCUGUUGAAUUGUUCAAGGAAGGGGGGACUUGUAUUGGUGAGCUUCAUUGGAAUGAUAAACUCAAUGAUGGUUUGGAUAAAAAAAUAAGCUCUAGUUCAUCUCAGUGUGAUAUGAUUCCAGAAAUCCCCAAUUUCAACAGCGUUAUUCCUGCAGCACAAUGGUCUAGUAAGUCACCUUGGGAAGCAAUGGAAGGUUAUGCAAAAUAUCUGAUGAUGAAACCUUCUGAUUUAAAACAACUGAGCCUCUUUACUCCGGAGGUCUUUAGGACUGUUUUCAAGGCCGUUCAGAAGGCUGGUGACCAAGGUUUGAGUUUAGAAGAAGUUUCUCAAGUUGUGGGAGAGAAUGUGCAUGAACAUAUCAUUGAUGUGCUCCAAGCAUUUGGAUAUGUGUUGAAGGUCAAUGCUUAUGACUCUAUUCAUGUGGUUGAUGCAUUGUAUCAUUCCAAGUACUUUUUGACCUCAUCGGUGAAACCUCAUUCAGUAACAAAGUCCUUACAGGGAAAUAGCAGUCAUUCAGUUUCCCACUCUGUAAGUAAUGAUGCUGUUGGGUCUAAUCCUAGUUCACAGAGAGAAGCAAUCAUGCACGAUAACCAGGUACACAAAGUUACUAUUCUAAACUGUCCUGAAGAGGUUUUGCCCUUGACUGAGAGCCAAGGAAGCAAUGUGCAUGAAGAUGGCUUGCAAGACAAAGUUAUUUUACCAGAACAAAAUAAUGAUGUUCAAACCCAUAUAUUCUCCUCAAAUCUAUCAUGUGCCCCUAUAUUGCCGUGGAUGAAUGGGAAUGGAUGCAUCAAGAAAGUUGUAUACAAUGGACUUGUGCGCCGAGUUCUUGGUAUUGUAAUGCAAAAUCCUGGGAUACUGGAGGACAACAUUAUCCACCAGAUUGAUGCAUUGAACCCCCAGAGCUGUCGGACUCUUUUGGACUUAAUGAUUUUGGAUAAGCACCUGAUUGUGAGAAAGAUGCAUCAAUCGACAUCAAGUGGUCCUCCUGCAUUGCUAGGUUCCCUCCUCGGUAGAAGCUCUACAGGACCAAAGUCGGUAUAUCGCGAGCAUUUUUUUGCCAACCCCAUGAGUGCAUCAAUGCUGUAAGAAAGUUAUAUAUCCUCAUUGCUUAUUGGAUUUAUCACAGCUUUUGGGAGAGUGAAGUCAGGUUUUCUCGGAAAGCACUAAGUUCAGGUUUAAUUUAUUAGAAUCUGUAAUUAAUUAGAAUUAUUAUAUGGUGACUGUUUUAACAUAUGUAUAGCAUUCACAGUUGUUUAUAACUAAUUAAUGGUAACAAAAUGCUCGAAAUGUACAGUCCAACCUUUUGCCUGUUUAUAUGGCAGAGAAUGAAAUCUUACUCUGAUUCAACAGGCUUA